UGAAUGGAUGGAUAAAUUUUUAUCAUUUAUCAUUUUAUUGUUGAUUAUUCGUUUUUAUAAAAAAACUGUAUUUGCUACAAUAUUACAACCGUUGGUCGAUGUCAAAGGAAAUGAUGCAAUUCGUCAAAUACGUUUUUUAUACGAUAUACACGAAACUUCUUCAAUAUCAUCGGAAAAUUCGAAAAAAAAAAUUUACAAUAAUCGAUUGUUGUUACUGGAAGAACAGCGAAAAUUUUUCAGCAAACCAAUUCCAAAUGUUUUAUAUCCAUGGACAACAGGACAAAGAAUUUUAAUCAAUCGCAAUAAUCGUUAUAAUAAUAACAAUAAUAAUAAUAAUCACCCAGAGAAUUAUUUUGUAUAUAAUCGAGAAAAAUAUGAGCCAUCAUCAUCAUCAUUAUCAUUAGCUAUGAAAUUCAAAGAUAUUUCUGCUAUUCAAUUACAACGGGGACGACCAAUGUUUGCCGAAAUCGAUUUUGUUCCGCGAUACAUACCUGAAUGGACAAGUCAUGUGGCCGUUAGUGUAACGUUACCGGCUCAUAUACGUGGAAGACCAUGGAUUCUAGGUUAUCAUCAGGAACAAUUUCCAAUGCCUACUUGUCGACUCUGUACAAAUGCCGAUCAAUCCUAUACAUUACCUGUGACGAUAUUUUUACCCGACGAUGGAUGGUGUCCUGAAGGUCGUGUACAAACAAUUUGGAAAAUUGAAGCACUUCAAUUAGUUCCACAUAUAGACAAACAACAACAACAAACAAUUCUAAAUAAUGAAAUUAUUCGAAAGUAUCCCGAAUUUAAAUAUCAAAGGCAAAUGGAUCAAACUGAUAUGAUAUUAGCAUAUGGUUAUGAUGAAUUGAAGCAAUUUUAUAUCAAAAACAGUGUCAAUUCAAGUAGAUGUCGUGAUAUUCAUGAAGCGAUAGUUGCUUAAAUGUUUUUUUAAAAAUAUUUUUUUAUAUUAUCAUUCUAUUUUCGUUACAAUAUUAUUAUGAUUUUAUUACUCUGUUCAAACUAAUCUGCCUUGAGCGUUUCCGCUUUUUCUAUUUCUUAUAUUAUAUACCAACAAUUUGAUUCACUCGAUUUAGUUAAUUUGUUUCCAUGGAAUGAUAAUAUUUUUUUUUACUGUGAGGAGAUGUUAUUGAACUUAUCAUUAUCUACUGAACGCUUAU